AUGAGACCCCUGCUGUGGGCUGCCUGCAGCCAGCUGCUGCCCCUGGAAGCCAAGCUCUGUGCUCGCCAGCUCUCUCUGGCCACCCCAGGCUGUGCCCUGCGGUCCUCGCUUCUCCGGGCCAGCUCCCUACCCGCUGUGCCCGCGGGGCUCUGCCGGCGCCCAGCCCUGGGGCACAGGUCCCCUUACCGCUGGGGCUCGCAGUUCAACGUGCCCCCCAGUGCCCUCUCCGUGGCCCGGCCCGCAGGGGUCUGCUCCAUGCUGAAGCUGCCAGUCGAAGCCUCCGCAGAGGGGCUGGACGCAGCUUUCGUCGGUGUCCCGCUGGACACAGGCACCUCCAACCGGCCGGGAGCCAGGUUCGGUCCGCGGCAGCUGCGAGCCGAGUCGGGAAUGCUGAGGAGGUUCAAUGGCAGCACCGGGGCUGCGCCUUUCGACUCCCUGCGGGUCGCUGACAUCGGGGACGUGAAUGUCAACCUCUACAACCUGCCUGCCAGCUGCCGCCUCAUCCGAGAGGCCUUCCAGAAGAUCGUGGCCUCUGGCUGUGUGCCACUCACCUUGGGUGGAGACCACACCAUCACCUACCCCAUCUUGCAGGCUGUGGCUGAAAAGCACGGCCCCGUGGGACUGCUGCACGUGGAUGCCCACACGGACACGGGGGACGGAGCCCUGGGGGAGAAGAUCUACCACGGGAGCCCUUUCCGGCGCUGCGCGGAGGAAGCGCUGCUGGACCGCGCCCGCGUGGUGCAGAUCGGCGUCCGCGGCUCCUCCUACGACCCCGACCCCUACCGCUACUGCCGGCAGCAGGGUUUCCGGGUGGUGCCAGCUGAGGAGUGCUGGGGGAAGUCCCUGGUGCCACUGAUGGCAGAGGUGAGGGAGCAGCUGGGGGCCAAGCCAGUGUACAUCAGCUUUGACAUCGAUGGGCUGGACCCUGCCUACGCCCCGGGCACCGGCACGCCGGAGAUAGCAGGGCUGACCCCUGCCCAGGCUUUGGAGAUCAUUCGUGGCUGCAAAGGGCUGAACAUUGUGGGGUGUGACCUGGUGGAAGUCGCCCCAAUGUAUGAUGUCUCUGGCAAUACAGCCCUGCUGGGGGCAAACCUGCUGUUUGAGAUGCUCUGCGUGCUCCCUGGAGUGAGGACACUGUGAGGGCAGCUCCGAGCUCAGCCCAGGCUUUCCUGGUCCUUUUCCCUGACUGUGGAGCUUGCAGUGAGGAAUAAAUGGCAUUUGCUGCUGGGAAGGGU